UGAGGGUCCGUCCUGCAUUUUCAUAUAACAUUGAGCAGCUGAAGUGAAGCUUUCGAUACGAACGAUUGAUUGAUGCAAAGAGCGAGCGGCCAAGCUAAGUGUAAUUAUAUUUGUAUUCUCAAGGUGAAGGAAGCGGGGCUAAAGAAGGUGGGAGUCUUAAGAGCCUUAGGCGCGUGUUAGGGUUUCAAGGAUACCGAUCUGCAAGAAAGGAGGAGCCAUGGCACUGCCUCUGCCACUGGCGCAGACGAGUACAAAUUUCAACUUCAAUAUCAAUAUGGUCUCAACCCUUGCUAGCCAAAUUGGGUUUUUGCUUCGCAAUGUAAAUGAGGCUAAUUAUCGCUCCGUCGCCUACCAACUAACUCGCUUUGCAGGAUAUGGGUUAGAUUGUAGCAUUGUUUUGCUGCAGAGUUGCUUGGAUCAGGUAAAUUUGCGUGAUGGAGAUGUGCAGAACAUGCAGUUAAAGUUGGAACUCCUUUCUGUUGUGGUGAGACAUUUGGUGCACCAACCAAACUUUAGUACAGUUUUUUGUCAAGCUGUACAAAAUACUCAUAUCACUGAAGAUAUACUUGGAGAUUUGUCAAAGGCCUUGCAUUUAUCAUUACCUGAGCAGCUUGGUUUGGGAUUUGCCCUAGCAGAUUCAGACAACAUAAAUAGAAGCCAUGAAGGCCAAAAUUUUUGCAAGGCUAAAAUUAUGGAACUGUGCCAGAAUCCUACAUCUGGAAUCUCUGAAGAUCUUAUUGAGCGGAUUUUGUUAUUCCUUCAUCAGAGUGAAGGGCUAUCAAAGCAUGUACCUUCUUUUCUUCAGGCCUUGUCAUUGUUGGAGCCCAAAGCUCAGAUGUCACUCCUACUGAAACCACUAUUCAAAAAUGAUGUAAAUGCUGUCAACACUUCGAGUGAAUGCAGGAGUUUUCAAUCUUGUGCAUCCAAUUUGCAAGUGUCGGAUACUGUUUUGACACAGUUGGAAGAGGCUACUGAUGUUGCAAGCAUAAUGGAGGAGCUUGGAUAUGGCUGUACAAUAGAUGUUGCACAUUGCAAAGAUGUUUUGUCAUUGUUUUGUCCACUUACAGAGAAGACUGUUUCCAAGAUAAUCAGUACUAUUGUUCGCACUCACACGGGCCUUGUUGAUGCUCAUGGCACACAUGGAACAUUUUAUUCUUCACUUUUUAGUAGUUCCACAACUGAUUGUUCAUGGUUAACCUCCUGGAAUAUAGAUGUUCUUUUAGAUUCUAUCAAGGAACUGGCCCCAGAUAUUAGUUGGGUUUCAGUAAUGGAGGCUUUAGAUCAUGAAGGGUUUUAUUUACCAGAUCAGCAGUCGUUCUCAAUGCUGAUGUCGACAUAUGCAAAAAUUUGCCAGGAUCCAUUUCCUGUUCAGACAGUUUGUGGAAAUUUAUGGAAGAAUGAUGAAGGCCAGCUAUCCUUCUUGAGAUUUGCUGUAUCUGCAUCACCUGAAAUUCUCACAUUUGCAAAUUCAAGGAGGCUACAGGCACCCUUGGAAGGUCCACAUGGAAAUAAACUUCCAUUUGGUAGUAUGAAUCAGGCAUGGUUGUCUGUUGAUCUGGUAGAAGUAUUGUGCCAUUUGGCAGAGAUGGGGCAUGGGACUGUCGUGCAUUCAAUGUUCGAGUAUCCUAUUAAUCACUGUCCAGAGACUUUACUCGUUGUUGUUGCCCAAGUCAAAACCAACUUCAACAUUCUUCAGCAUGACAUAUUUUCUACUCUUUUUCCCUUAUGUCUUGGGGGAAGUCUUAAUAGCAGCAUUAUACUUAACCAACUCUGGCAUAUCAAUCCUCACAUUGUUCUCUGGAGUAUGAUGGAUAUCCAUUCAAAAGAUCCUAGCAGUAUCUCAAAAAUUGCAGACGCAUGCCAAGAGAUAAAGGCAUUGCCUCUUGUGCUGGACAUGACACCCUUUUCUUUUGCAAUUGAACUUGCGGCUUUUGCAUCUAGAAGGGAGUAUUUGAAUUUGGAAACAUGGCUAAAUGACAACUUAAGCACUCAUAGGGAUACCUUAUUUGAGGCGUGUCUGAAGUUCUUGAGAGAAAGAACUUUAUUUGAAGCAUCAAAUGAUGCACUGGGAAAUCCAGUCCAACGUUCUGGACCAAUAGUCAAUCUAUCUUUGGAUACAACUGCAAGUUUCUUCAAGGUUCUUCAGUCUAAUGUUGGUCAAUUGGAGUCCCGAGAUCUUGUGGAAGAAAUGAAACGAUUACAUUCUGCAAUGGUCCGUGUGAAUCCCCGAUUAUUAAGUGUUGGGGCUGCAGAACAGUCACCAUCUGAAGUCUUUGCUGCUGAUAUUGAUGAAGAGUCAAAUUCUUAUUUUCAGAAAAUCUAUGUUGGGCAGAUGACUAUUGAUGCUCUAGUGCAAAUGCUUGCAUGUUUCAAGGAGUCUUCUGAGAAAAGGGAGCAAGAAAUUUUUGCUUGCAUGAUACAGAGCCUGUUUGAUGAAUACCGUUUUUUCACAAGGUAUCCGGAGAGGGAGUUGAGAAUGACAGGCAUUCUUUUUGGCUCAAUUAUAAAGCACCAGAUUGUCUCUUCUCUUACGCUUGGCAUAGCACUACGUUGUGUCCUUGAUGCUCUGCGUAAACCUUUGGACUCUAAGAUGUUUUCAUUUGGCUUCACAGCUCUGGAACAAUUUGUUGAUCGACUAGUAGAAUGGCCACAGUAUUGCAAUCAUAUCUUGCAGAUAUCACAUGUGCGGGAUGCUCAUGGAGAGUUAAUUGAAUUUAUAGAAAGGGCCUUAGCACGUAGUUCAUCUAGCCACCCAGAACCAACAGUAGGGAAUCCUCCCUCAUCAGACCAACACCAGAGUUCAAUUUCUUUGCCAGCUUCUGAUACAAUUGAGAAUUCUGAUGCUACAUGGCAGUCAAUUGUGGGUCCGACAACACCACAAUCUGCAUUGGCACAGAGACAGCAGGGAAUUCCAGCAAGCUAUGUUAGACAAUCUUCGCUUCUGGCAACUGGACAGACAAUUUCAGUCAAUGGUCAGAUUGAAUCUGGUCCGGGAUUGAAGUCUUCUCAAGUAGUACCUUCUCAGCAAGCUGGUAGUGGAUCAACAUCAUCUACGGUAUCUAAUCAGGGUUUUUUGUGCAAUUCUCGAGGCUCAACAGUUCCAGUUACCAGACAAACUUUGAACAGCUUUGGACAUGCUCUUAACAUUGAAACAUUAGUGGCUGCUGCUGAAAAACGAGAUGCAGCUAUUGAGGCACCUGGCCCAGAAGUUCAGGAUAAGAUAGCUUUUAUGAUUAAUAAUAUUUCAACAACCAACUUGGAAGCCAAAUCGAAGGAGUUUUUGGAGAUUUUGAAAGAUCAAUACUAUCCAUGGUUUGCACAGUAUAUGGUGAUGAAAAGGGCUAGUAUUGAACCUAAUUUUCAUGACUUGUAUUUGAAGUUUUUGGACAAGAUCAAUUCGAAAUUACUGCAUAAAGAAAUCAUCAAAGCUACUUACGAAAAUUGCAAGGUUCUUUUAAAGUCGGAGCUUAUUAAAUCUAGUUCAGAAGAACGAUCUUUACUCAAAAAUCUGGGAAGUUGGCUUGGGAAACUUACUAUUGGUAGAAACCAGGCGUUGCGGGCUCGGGAAAUUGAUCCUAAACUUUUGAUCAUUGAGGCAUAUGAAAAAGGGCUGAUGAUUGCAGUAAUUCCAUUUACAUCAAAGAUUUUAGAACCCUGUCAAUCAAGUCUUGCAUAUCAGCCUCCCAACCCUUGGACAAUGGGUAUCCUCAGUUUACUUGCUGAAAUCUAUGCAUUGCCGAAUUUGAAGAUGAAUCUUAGAUUUGAUAUUGAGGUACUAUUUAAAAAUUUGGGGGUAGAAACAAAGGAUGUCAAACCCACUCAGCUUCUCAAGGGCCGUGCACGAGAGAUUGAAGGAAAUCCCGACUUUUCCAAUAAAGAUCUGGGAGCUUCUCAACAAGUUGGCACUGAGCAUACAACAGGAACAGUGUCUUCAAUUAGUCAGGUAGAGCUGCAACCUGAAGUUUCAGCUUCACAUCCCAGUGCCCCUCAUGCUCCAGUUUUACCUCAGUUUUCUGCCGCACUUCAUCUUUCAUCAAGUACAGGAGGAGAGGAUGAAAAAGUUAGCACACUAGCGGGUAUGCCUGACCGUAUGCCAGCUGGUCUUGGAUUGUCACAUGCCACUCCAGCUCAAUCUCCAUUCCCUGUUAGUCAGUUUUCUAUCCCAAUCUCAAAUAUUGGUGCAUAUGUUGUGGUCAAUCAAAAACUCAAUGCUCUUGGACAGCAACUACCGUUCCAAAGGAUUGUUCCUGUGGCAAUGGAGAGAGCUAUUCGUGAGAUCAUAUCUCCUGUUGUAGAACGAAGUGUCACCAUUGCAUGCAUGACAUCUCGUGAACUUGUGACAAAGGACUAUGCUAUGGAGUCUGAAGAAAGUCGUAUACGUGAAUCUGCAAACAAAAUGGUAGCAAGUCUUGCAGGGAGCUUGGCGCAUGUAACUUGCAAGGAACCCCUUCGUGUUGCGAUGGCAAAUCAUUUGAGAAGUUUGCUACAACAACUAAAUGUUGUGGGAGAAGUUCUUGAGCAAGCUGUGCAGCUUGUAACAAAUGAUAAUCUAGAUCUGGGUUGUGCUGUGAUAGAACAAGCUGCAACGGAAAAGGCACUUCGUGACCUUGAAGAUGUCAUUGGACCUGCACUUUCUAGUAGAAGGAAACAGAGGGAAACACUUGGGCCUGCAUUUUAUGAUGCUACUGUGUACUCUAAAAAUCUAGCGCGUUUGCCAGAGGCUCUCCGGCCAAAGCCUGGCCGAUUAUCUUCAGCCCAACAGCGGGUUUAUGAGGAUUUUGCAAGACUUCCUUGGCAGAACCAACCUACUCAGAGUUCUCCGGUGGCACCGAGUGGCUCAUCCAAUUCUAAUGCCGGUUCUCUUGGAUCUGCUUUUUCUCGUGUUGUUUAUGGUUCUGCUUCGGCACAGGGAAGCUCAAGUGGUUACAAUUCAACACAAACUACAUCAGGACUGGGUGUUGUUGCCCAACCACUGGAACAAUCUUCUGAAGAACUUGACUCUCGUGCUGCAUCACCUCAUAGUGCUUCUGGUAGUCAAAUUGCUAUGGCAGAUGGAGGGCUGCGUCAAAUUCCAGAUAUGUUAGUGUCAAGUUCCCUAACUACAAACAGUAGUGCUAUAGCUGAGGGGAAUAUUCUGGAGAAUUCUAGUUCUACAAAGGAGUCUGGACCGAUGGUACGACCUUCAACUCCAACUUCAGCUAUAGAACGUCUUAGUUCUUCUGGACUAGAGCCCUCUCUUAACACAGGAGAAGCACUGGAUAAAUAUGAACUUAUAUCUCAAAAGUUGGAAGCAGCGAUCUCAAUGGGUGCUAGUGAACAGGAACUCCAGGGCCUUGUCUCAGAAAUACCUGAGAUUAUCCUGCAAUGUAUAAGUAGAGACGAGGCAGCUCUGGCGAUAGCACAAAAGGUUUUUAAGAGAUUAUAUGAGAAUGCAUCAAACAGUUUACACGUUUCAACCCAUAUGACCAUUUUGUCUUCUAUCCGCGAUGUUUGCAAACGUGUGGUGAAGGAACUGACAAGCUGGGUGAUUUACUCAGAUGAGGAACGUAAAUUCAACAAGGAUAUAACUGUUGGUCUUAUACGUUCUGAACUUAUUAACCUUACAGAGUACAACAUCCAUCUUGCAAAACUUGUGGAUGGGGGACGGAAUGCUUCGGCUACAGAAUUUGCUAUAUUUCUUGUUCAAACUUGUGUGGUUCAAGAGCCAGGCGUCAGUGUUUCUGAGCUUUUCAAUCUUAUUGAGGCUUUGGGGAAGGUGGCACAGAGGCCAGGUUCACCUGAGUCUUUGCUACAAUUGAUUGAAGAUGUGAAGAACAUGUCAUUAAGUGUGGCCUCCCAAACUGCAUCUUUGGCUGGCAAAGAAGAGAAAGCUAGACAAUCCAGAGAUAAAAAGGCUACCCUUGGUCGUGCUGGGACAACUCGGGAUGACAGCAAAAUCAUUAAUCGUGAUGGUGGGUUUGUUGACCCUCCAGGUUUUCGCGAACAGGUUGCACACCUAUUUGAGGAAUGGGCUCGCAUAUGUGAUUCUCCUGGAGUAAAUGAUAAAGCAUAUGCAGUCUACAUGUCACACUUGCAGCAAACAGGGAUGUUGAAAGGAGAUGAUGUUUCUGAUCGAUUUUUUCGUGUUUUGACGGAGCUCGCUGUUGGAUAUUGUUUGGUUUCUGAAGUAUCAGUUCCCAGUUCAAUUCCACUUUCUUCCCAACAAAUAAUGCAAGGCCUAUCUUUUACUCCAAUUGAUAUGUAUACAAAACUUGUAGUUUUGUUGGUUAAGUAUUAUGCAGUGGACUCAGGAAUGACUAAAGUUAAUCUUUUGAACAAGGUGCUUGCAGUAACUGUGCGUGUCAUUCAAAGGGAUGCCGAAGAGAAAAAGAAUGCAUUUCAUCCUAGACCUUAUUUUCGGUUGUUUGUGAACUGGCUUAUGGAUUUUAACUCCCCUGAUCCAGCUCUUGAUGCGAGUAAUUUUCAGGUACUCACUGCAUUUGCAAAUGCUUUCCAUUCACUGCAACCAUUAAGAGUACCUGGUUGGAGUUUUGCUUGGCUUGAACUGAUCUGCCAUCGCAGUUUUAUGCCAAAGUUACUCUUAAGCAACAAUCAAAAGGGCUGGCCAUUUUUCCAACGUUUACUUGUGGAUUUGUUCAAGUUUAUGGAGCCUUACCUGAGAAAUGCUGAGCUUAGUGAUCCGGUCCGAUUGCUGUACAAAGGCACCCUUAGAGUGUUGUUGGUUCUUCUUCAUGAUUUUUCAGAGUUUCUAUGCGAUUACCAUUUCAGCUUUUGCGAUGUUAUUCCUCCUAGUUGCAUACAGAUGCGGAAUCUCAUUCUUAGUGCCUUUCCACGCAACAUGAGGCUCCCAGAUCCAUUUACUCCCAACUUAAAGGUUGACCUUCUUCCUGAAAUCAGCCAGUCACCAAGAAUAUUAUCUGAGGUAGAUGCUGCACUGAAGAGUAGACAGAUGAAAACAGAGGUUGAUGAAUAUCUUAAGACAAGGCAACCAAUGUCCAUGUUAAUAGUGGAUAUGAAAAACCGGGUCUUGCUUCCACAACAUGAAGCUGCAUCUGCUGGAACUCGUUAUAAUGUUCCUUUAAUCAAUUCUCUGGUUCUAUAUGUAGGAAUGCAGCAAUUGCAGAGCAAAAGUACUCCUCAGCAACUUGCUGUUCCAACGGCACCGAUACAUAGUGCCCCUAUGGACAUUUUCCAGAGGUUGAUAUUAGAUCUAGAUACAGAGGGUCGAUACUUGUUUCUUAAUGCAGUUGCCAACCAGCUGCGUUACCCAAAUAACCAUACACAUUACUUUUCUUGUGUAUUGCUCUAUCUUUUUGCAGAAGCAAAUCAGGAAAUGAUCCAAGAACAAAUAACAAGGGUAUUGUUGGAACGUUUGAUUGUAAAUAGACCUCAUCCUUGGGGGUUACUUAUCACUUUCAUUGAACUUAUAAAGAAUCCUCGUUAUGACUUCUGGAAUCGUGGAUUUACACGAUGUGCGCCUGAGAUAGAGAAAUUAUUUGAGUCAGUUGCUCGCUCUUGCAUGGGACCUGCUUUGAAGCCUGUGGAAAGCGACAUUUCAUCCAGUAUAUCAGCAGAUAGCAACCAUUGAUAAUCAAUUAUUUUGUACAGUAUCAAUGUCACGAGUUUUAUGGAAUUUGUGAACUGCAUGUAGUGGAUGAUUCAGAAUCUUUCAAGUUGCAUUUGUUUUCUUGGAAUUUUCUACACACACCAAAGUAGUUCAUGCUAUGUGCUUGUACCAUAUGUUAUUUGUCUUCUAGGUGUAAUAUCCUGUACUCUUUGUAAAUUCGGGAGAAAGUAUUGCAGCAUGCACAUGAGCAGCUGUUAUUCUUGAUUGAUGCCCUUGGAGACAUAAGGAAAAGUCAAGUUUGUGACUUAGGAUGACUAGAUAAAUGUAUUUACUGGUGGCUACAUGUAUCCAGAUUGUACGUUCAACUAAUGUAAAUGAUGAAAAUUCUGUAGGCUUCAUUAUCAAACGUAUUUCUUUCUCCCAUGUGUCCUUUUUAACCAAAUAACUGAAUGGAAGUUAGUUUU